AGAACGGUUCUGCUACGUGAGCACGUGAGCAAUCUAUAUUAUUUUACACAUCAUUGCUCGCUAGUAAGAAAAUGACAACUGAUUAGUUUGAUUUGAAUAUUGAAGAGUAUGACGUGAUACGUGAGUUGCCUAUGCAGCUGUAUAUUUGUCAAACAUUAAUUUUUCAAUGUACUUUUUAUUAAUUUUUUUUAAGUGAAUGAUUUCAUUUAUAUCCUUUAAAUAAAUAAAGUCAAGAUGCUGUCGUCGCCAUCCAAUAACAUGACAAAUAAUAGUUCGUAUUCAAAUGACAGGGGUUCCAGUUUCGAGGCGGAAUAUGCUGUCGAUCCUGCUUCAGGGGGCUUUUUUAAUGCUGAUUUUAAAAAGCAUGAUGAUCUUAAGGAAAUGCUGGAUUCUAAUAAAGAUAGCCUAAAGUUAGAAGCAAUGAAAAGAAUUAUUGGAAUGGUAGCAAAAGGACGUGAUGCUUCGAUGUUAUUCCCAGCAGUAGUAAAGAAUGUAGUAUCCAAAAAUAUUGAGGUUAAGAAAUUAGUUUACGUUUAUUUAGAAAGAUAUGCAGAAGAACAACAAGAUUUAGCUUUGUUAUCUAUAUCAACAUUUCAAAGAGCCUUAAAAGAACCCAACCAGUUAAUAAGAGCAGGUGCAUUACGAGUAUUAUCCAGUAUAAGAGUUAAAGUUAUCAGUCCCAUUGUAAUGUUAGCCAUUAAAGAUGCAUCAGCUGAUAUGUCUCCUUACGUUCGUAAAACAGCUGCUCAUGCUAUCCCAAAAUUAAAUGGAUUAGACCCUGAUAUGAAACCAGAAUUAAUAACUAUAAUCCAGAAGCUGUUGGCAGACAAAACAGUGCUAGUAAUAGGAUCAGCAGUGAUGGCUUUUACUGAAGUAUGCCCAGAAAGAGUAGAUUUGAUCCAUCAAGUUUUCAGGAAACUAUGUGCCUUGCUGGUAGAUGUAGAUGAGUGGGGUCAAGUUACCAUUGUAAAUAUGUUAACCAGAUAUGCUAGAAGUCAAUUUAUUGACCCAAACAUCCAUGAAAAUGUUGAACCUAAUGGUGAGUUUUAUGACUCUAACUCUGAUGCUUCUGAGAAACAUAUUCCUAGUUUGGAUCCAGAUCAUAGGUUGCUACUAAGAUCUACUAGACCAUUAUUACAAUCUAGAAAUGCAGCUGUUGUCAUGUCUGUUGCACAGUUAUAUCACCAUGCUUCUCCCAGAAGUGAAAGUGUGCUCGCAGCGAAAUCCUUAGUGAGAAUCUCAGAUCCGACUAAUGUCAAAUUGCUUAAAUUAGAAAUUUUAACUAAUAUCACAAAUGUUUCGAACGUUUCUAUUAUAUUAAGAGAACUCCAGACUUAUAUUUCCAAUAGUGAUAAGAAUUUUGUUGCCGCCACUAUUCAAGCUAUAGGAAGAUGUGCCUGUUCAAUUUCAGAAGUCACUGACGCGUGCCUUAAUGGUUUGGUUUCUUUAUUAUCCAAUCGGGAUGAAGCUGUAGUAGCAGAAAGUGUAGUAGUAAUUAAAAAACUUCUCCAGACACAGGCAGCUGAGCCAAAAGAAAUUAUCACUCACAUGGCGCGAUUAUUAGAUACUAUAACAGUUGCACAAGCUAGAGCUGCUAUACUAUGGUUGUUAGGUGAACAUUCCCAAAAAGUUCCCCAAGUUGCGCCAGAUGUUCUCAGAAAAUUAGCCAAAACUUUCCCAGAUGAGGAUGAUAUUGUUAAAUUACAAGUGAUGAAUCUGGCAAUCAAGUUGUAUAUUACCAAUCCUGAGCAAACGUCUUUGUUAUGUCAAUAUAUUUGUAACCUUGCCAAAUAUGAUCAAAAUUAUGAUAUAAGAGAUAAGGCGAGAUUUUUUAAACAAUUUGUACCUAGUCAAGAGGGAAAAAUCAAAUCACAAGCCAGAAGAAUAUUUUUAGCUCCCAAACCAGCUCCUGUUUUAAAAUUGCAAUUUACAGAUAUUGAAGAGUUGCAGUUAGGUUCUUUAUCUCAUUAUAUCAAACAGCGGGCCAAUGGCUAUGAAGAUUUGCCUCCAUUCCCUGCUAAUCCUCCUCCAGGUGAUGUUAGAAAUGUUGAACCAAUUAUUGAAGAGACAAAUUCUAAAGCCCACAAAAAUGCUAUUAAGAAGAAAAAAGAAUUUACAUGGGAGUCUGAGAAUAGUUCAGGGGCUUCUACUAGUGCAUACGGUUCGAGUACAAGCUCCUCUAGUGAAAGUGAAGAAGAAGGAGAGGAGGAAGAAUCGAGUGAAGAAGAGUCAUCGUCAUCAGAAGAAGAGGAAUCAUCAAAGAAAGCCUCUGGAAGAUCAUUUUCUGAAGAAUCAGUGUCUUCUAGUGAAGAAUCAACUUCUGAGGAGAAGCCCCCUGUUGUUAAAAAUUCUUCAAAUGCAGCACAAAACUCUGGCGACAUUCCAUCCGUUAAUGACAGUAAUUCUGUAAGCAAUAAAAAAUCUAAUUUGGACUUAUUGUUAGACUUGGACGAUAUUGACAAUCCUGCCCCUGUUAUGACACCAUCGUUAGGGGGAUUUUUUACUCCUUCUACGCCUCAGGAACAACCUGCGACCAUACAAGUUGUACCGGCUAUUUACGUGAAUACCAAAUCAUCGGAAUUGCUGAAUAGGAUGAGCGGAAAAGGGCUAUCUGCGACCUUCAGGUUUACCAGGUGUCCGCAUCUUUAUAGCCCCAGUAUGACUAACAUUAAUUUGUUAUUUACUAAUAAUUAUGGUGACGAUAUAGAUGAUAUUAGGAUAGGAAAAAAGAAUUUGGCCUUUGGGAUGAACAUGCACGAUUUUGCUUGUAUAUCAAAACUGCCACCGAAUUGUUCGCUUCCUGCAACACUUGGUAUAGAUUUUAAUGAUACUACACAACCAGCAAAUUUCGAAAUAGUGUCUUCCUUAGGUAAAGUAAAUGUUUCGUUAAAACCUAAUAUUGGCGAGUUAAUAAGGCCUGUAGUAAUGAGUUCUGCCCUUUUUAUUCAACAUCAAAAUAAACUACGUGGUAUGACUGAGCAUUCAAUGCCUAUAACGAAACACGUCUCUGAUAUAGAGGAUAAAAUUAAGGAACUUACUAAUUUAGGACCAUGUGAUCGAUCAGAUCCAAAUUGUUUUAGGUUUGGUGGUCAAUCUCUAACAUCUUCCAGUUUAAUAUUAGUAUCAAUAGAAGUAAACGACACUACGAUAUUAACGGUUAAUUGCGAAAACAUUGUGUUCGGCUCUGUGUUACUGAACGAAUUGGUGUCCAAACUUUCUUCAUAACUCAAUUAUUUUUAAUUAUAUCGAUAUUUAUUUCCUAUCCUAUUUUAUAUAUUACAAGUUAAAAAUAUUUAUGUUUAUUAGUCUUUAUAUUUCUGCAGUCAAUAAAUUUUAUAUAUACGUUGAA